CAAGGCUUCCUCUGGUCCCUAGCACGUUGUUUCCCAAGGUGAAAGAGCAGGGUGAAUGAAGACGAGAGCCAGCAAAAUAUAAAGUAGGGGAUGCCAUGCGGGGAUUGAGGGUACACGCGCUGAGACGGAUAUUGGCACUGACUUCCUCGCUGAAGGACACUUCCAGUCAUGGCGUAUGCAGCACCGGCCCCUCAGGUUCAGUCCCGAGGGUGUUGCCUGUGUGCCACUUCCGGAGUUCCCCCUCACCGAUGACACCAUGGAUGCGCUUGGUUCCUCAUGUAUGGGGUUUGUCUCAGAACUGGUCUUCAGUCUUGGUGAGGUUCAAAAGCGGAAAAGGCUCAAAGAAAAGAGGCAAAAAGCCCAUACAGGAGGAGGAUGAGGACGAUGACGAGGAUGACCCAGAAGCCAGUGACUAUGAAGAUGAACUACCGGAUGACCCUGGUCUACCAAAAGAUUACAAAGACCUGGAGAAAUCAGUGCAGUCCUUUCGCUAUGACCUCAUUAUGAAGGCUGGCCUGGACAUGGCACGAAACAAAGUUGAAGAUGCUUUCUACAGCAACAAGCUGAGGCUCAACGGUCAGAAGCUUAUCAAGAAAAGUAAAACGGUCAAAGUAGGGGACACACUGGACCUGGUGCUGGAGGAAAACAGUGAGACAGACACAGUAACACUCAUGAGAAUCAUCUUCAAGAAGGUAACGGGAGAGACAAAGGAUGCUGAGAAGUACAAGGUAAUCCUGAGACGCUGGAAAAACUUGAAGCUCCCCAAGCAGGAGGCCUACAAGCAGUAAGCACUCGUGCUGGCCUGCGGGACUCUGUCAUGCUGACUCCAGACACCAUGCUGCGCAGAGUGGGCGAGUGUUGCAUUGCAGCUUGUGUGGCUGAUGCUGGAACAUCCCAGGAUUCAGUCUGUUUUUCAGACAGAUGGAAAGUACAUUUUGUACUUGUCUUUUAAGAUGUACUACAUGGGUGUGUCAGUGGCCUUGAGCUAAAAGGUACAAAUGGGGUUUGUUUUCUGUAGAAUGUGUUUAUCACAGUUAUGAGUAGGCUGCAAGAGAUUAUGGGUCAAGGUGGUAAUGGUGAAGAUGCCAUAGUGUCAUGGCGUUGUGGAAAUAUUUGUAAAAACAGAGGUUUGACUCAUAGUGUUUUGACAAACUGAAACAUCAGUUGUCCAUGAAUCCAGCACUUGAACAGAUAUUCAGAAAAGCUUUCAGUACUUAGUUUGAAAGUGUGGUAACAGGACAAAGUGUGAAUAAGGUAAUCAUUCACUUGCAGCAGUUGUGGAAGAACAAAGGCUUAGGCAAUCUUAGAAACUUGCAAAUUUGACAGUGCUCUGAAGCACUAUUUAACACCAAAGCCAGUAGCCAGUGCAAAUAAGAACCUCCCAACUAGAGGAUACCCCCCGGUUCAAAUCCUUAACUGCUUGUGUCCUUCUGUUAAUUUUAUAGCUGUGAGAACCGAAAAUAUAGUCUGGGCUUAUGAGUCUGAGUUAAGCAAAUGGAACUCAUUCAGAAAAGUUUAUGUGUAAAAAUUUGAGUGCAGCCUUUACAGAAUAACCUGUCUUGGUUUGACAUGGAACAGUGUUUG